AUGCUAUCUUGCUACGAUGCUAGAAAGACGGACGACACAAGACUGCAGUCUUUCUGCACCGUUGCCUUUAAUAUAUUGCCUUUUUGGGUGUUUUGUAUAGCUCAACUCCUUCUUCACCAAAGGAGUUACUCAGAAGCAGAGAAACUUCUAUUACGUUUAUCCGAAGCAGAAAAUCGUAACAGAGAAGUGUAUCAUCAACUAGCAAUACUGUACAGUCACACAAACCAAACAGCAGAGGCUCUCGAUUACAUCUUGAAAGCUCUUACUUUAUGCUCGGCGGAUGAUCGAUCUUGCGCUUCUUUACAUGCAGAACAUGCAGAUAUCUUGAAAGAUAUUAAUGAUAUGGAUGCUGCUGUUAAGAGUUACCAGAUGGCAAUACAAUUGAAUCCCAAGUUGUCUCAUGCCCACAUUAACUUAGCCGUUAUCAAACAUCUUCAGGGAAAAUGUCAACAGGCAUUGCGACAUUAUCACGAAGCGUACAUUCUGGAACCGGAUAAUCAACUUUUACUAGACAACAUGGCAAAACUUCAUCGACAAUAUUCGUCAAUGUGUCCCAUGCCAUUGGCAACAAUGUGCAAGAGUCGGUGACAGAUGUUGAUAAAGAGAAGAGUGGGACCACAACGACUAUGCAAAAAUGUAUUAUUACGUGCUGUUUGUUAAUAUUGAUAGGAAAAAAAACACGAAGAUAUAUAUAAAAAAAAGAGAGAAAAAAAAAAUACUUGCAAGAAUUGCGGUGAAUAAAUGAAUAACGUGUUCGA